AUGUUGAAGCGAGACAGACAAUGGCGGGUGGGGCGUCUCGAACCAGCGUUUAUUGAACCGUCUGCUCCAACUGAAGUGGAUUAUUGCUGGUAUCAGAUAAUAACGAGAGAGAGAGUGAGUGAGAGCCCCAAGAGUGGCAGCAGUAGGAGCGUGUCGCCCGGUUCGGAAGACGGUAACCGGUCGGAGUCGUACAGUCCGCCGAUUUCACCAGGGGUUGAGGGUGGAAACGAAGAGUACGAGAGUUAUAGACCUGGUAUAGUCCCAAAGCCGGGUCUCUUACCCCAAAACCCUGCACUCGUUGCGGCGCAAUCAGCUCUGUUCAACUACCCCCAAAUGGGCCCCAUGCCCCCCAGCGGGCCAAUGCCCUCCGCCUUCCACCACCCGGGGGAUAGAGUCCUGCAUCACAUGCAGUUGGAGUGGCUGGCCAGGACCGGAAUGUUCUAUCACAGAAUACCGGAGUUGGGCGGUGCACCCCACGCCCUGCUGGGCAAGACGCGGCGGCCGCGCACCGCCUUCACGUCACAACAGCUGUUGGAGCUCGAAAAGCAGUUUCGAAUGAAUAAAUACUUGUCCAGACCGAAGCGGUUUGAGGUGGCCACUAGCUUGAUGCUUACUGAAACACAGGUAAAAAUAUGGUUUCAAAACCGCAGAAUGAAGUGGAAGCGGUCGAAAAAGGCGCAACAAGACAGCAAAAGCAAAGACCACCCGAGCGAGGAAAAAAAUAAAAACAAGGAGGUCCUACAGGACCAUGACAAACAACCCCCACAAAUGGCGGGAGAUUUGACACCUGUCAAACCGCCUCCCUUGCUGGACAGGGACAGAAUGAUCGCGCUAGAGCGGGAGAGAGCGAUGGCGGCGGCGAACUUUAAUUCGAAUUUGGAAAACAAUAGACGCGGGCUCGUUAUGAACCAAGAUGGCCGACCGGGUAUAAAUAUGUUCAAGCCGUAUGUAGUAUGA